UUAUUGCCUUUUUAAAUUCUUCAAACCUCAUUCUUCUCCCUCCCUCAGAUCUCUCUCUCUCUCUCACUAAUCAUCAUUUCUUAAUCAAAUCAUCAAUCUUUCUUCUUUACAAAUCAAAACCAAAAAAAUAGAAACACCAUCUUUGAACCAAAACCAGAUAGAUUAUCAUAAAUAAAGCAGACUAGAAGUUCAAUACUAGCCACCCCUUUUUCUUUUUCCUAUCCCCAUUUACAUUAUCAAGAAUCAAUCAUUCAUUGGGGCAAAAAAAAAAAAAAAAAAAAAAGAAGGAAAAAUUCUCAAACCCUAACCCUAAGCUUUUUUCCUUUUUCAAGAAAAAAAUCAGAACUUUGCUGGUUUUCUGUUGAAAAUAAGAGAUUCCUAAUCUGGGUAUUGCUCUAAUCUCCAAGAUUUUGCCUAAAAUAAUGUCCCAAAUGAAGCACAUUGAUAAUAUUCCAUCAACCCCAGGAAAAUACAAGAUUGAAAAAUCCCCUUAUAAUAGGCUUAGGCUACAAUUUUCUUUAACCAAGAUUAUUUUUUGGUCACUUGUUUUUGUGGGGUUAAUCUUUGUAUUCUUUUACAGAUCACCAAAUUCUGUAUCAAAUGUUUCUUCAGAUCUCUCAAGGAGAUCUCUUAGAACCAGCUCUUAUGGUGGUCCAGUGUGGGAAAAAAAGAUUAAAUCCUCAGCAAAAAUCAGGUCAAAAAAUGGUAUUUGUGUUUUGGUGACUGGUGCUGCUGGAUUUGUAGGAACACAUGUUUCAGCUGCCUUAAAACGUCGCGGAGAUGGCGUAGUAGGUUUGGAUAAUUUCAAUGAUUAUUAUGAUCCCUCGCUCAAAAGAGCGAGGCAGGAGCUCUUAGAACGCUCCGGUGUGUACAUUGUUGAGGGCGAUAUCAAUGAUGUCGCCCUCUUAAAGAAACUUUUUGAAGUUGUCGCAUUUACUCAUGUUAUGCAUUUAGCUGCCCAAGCGGGCGUGAGGUACGCCAUGGAAAAUCCGGGAUCAUAUGUGCAUAGUAAUAUUGCUGGUCUUGUUAAUGUCCUUGAGGUUUGCAAAAGUGUCAAUCCUCAACCUGCGAUUGUGUGGGCGUCGUCUAGUUCUGUAUAUGGAUUGAAUACUAAGGUACCCUUUUCAGAGAGGGAUAGAACAGACCAACCUGCUAGUUUAUAUGCUGCUACUAAAAAAGCUGGUGAGGAAAUUGCUCAUACCUAUAAUCAUAUCUAUGGGCUGUCGAUAACUGGAUUGAGAUUUUUCACGGUUUAUGGACCGUGGGGACGGCCAGAUAUGGCUUACUUCUUUUUCACUAGGGAUAUAUUGAAAGGAAAAUCAAUUCCAAUCUUUGAGGCGGCUAAUCAUGGCACGGUUGCAAGGGAUUUUACCUAUAUUGAUGAUAUAGCGAAGGGCUGUUUGGGGGCAUUGGACACUGCUAAAAAGAGCACGGGAAGCGGUGGGAAGAAGAAAGGUCCUGCUCAAUUGAGGGUGUUCAAUUUGGGCAAUACUUCCCCUGUCCCGGUUUCUGAUCUUGUUAGCAUUUUGGAGAAGUUGUUGAAGGUAAAGGCGAAGAGAUUGGUUAUGAAGUUGCCAAGGAAUGGGGAUGUGCAGUUUACUCAUGCAAAUAUAAGCUCGGCUCACAAGGAGCUUGGUUAUAAGCCUACCACGGAUCUACAGACAGGAUUGAAGAAAUUCGUUCGAUGGUACUUAAGUUACUAUGGUAAUGGAAAGAAAAGCGCGCAGUGAUACAAUUCGAUUCAGUUGUGUGGUAGGACAAUUAAUUCUUGUUCACUUUGAUUCUUAUGAUUAUUUUAACUCAUCUCUCGCUUGUUGUGCCCCCAAUUUCUUGUUUUUUUCAUAUCUUGAUGAUACUAUAUAAGGGGCAAAUUCGAUCCCACGAUGAAGAAUUUGUGGUGGAUGGACAGUGUUUGCUGCGCUAGUUGAUAUGCAUCAAAUGCAACCUGAAACCGUUCUUAUUUUACACCUUUUAAGUGUAAUUGUAUUAGUUUCAUAAUUGUAGAAUUCAUGAUAGAUAGAUCUGCUGCUGAUUGAUGGACAGCAGACAUGUAUCAUCUUUAUAUCAAAUUCUAAUAAAAGUAGCACACGAUAGUUCCAUAUUUGAGUUCA